AUGACCUUCAAGAAUGCCCCUAUUGUCGUGCUUUGGUAUGGGAACAAGAGAAAAAAAGGCAGUAGAGGCAGCAACAGAACUCCCCUUUUCAGUAUAUGUUGUCAGCAAGGUCGUGUGAAGCUACCACCCGAACCACAUCCUCCUCAUUCAUUACCAUCACUACUCUCCAGUUCUGCCCACUUCCAGCACAACAUCCGCACGUACAACUCGAUCCUUGCAUUCACGUCUAUGGGAGCCAAAUUAGAUUCAAAAGUGAUGCACAAGGCUGGACCGUUCACUUUAAGGAUACACGGUCAGAAUGCCCACAAGAUAGGAUCAUUGGUACCAGAAGCUGGAAAACCACCAAAGUUCAGCCAACUCUACAUCUCUGAUACAACAAAUGAGGUUAAGAAUAGGAUAGCUACAGUAAAAAAAACAACAAAAGCAGGAGAACUUGAUCCUGAUAUUGUUAAACAGCUGAUUGAAACAAUGGAUGCCAACAAUUGUUUGGCCAAAAUUUUCAGAAAGGCUAGAGAUGCUCACGAACACAGCAACUGCCCAGAGUUCAGAAUAAGAUUGAUAGGUCAACCAAAACGAGGCCGUCAAUAUGAUAUGCCUACAACUGAUGAGAUAGCUGGUUUAAUUGUUGGAGACUUUUCAGAGCAUAUGGGAGAUAGGGAUAUCAUUGUUCACCAUAAAUCAGCUGGACUGCAACAUAUAAGUGAUAUGCAUCCACUCUACAUGACACUGCAGUACCCUCUUUUGUUUCCUUAUGGCCAAUCAGGGUUUCACGAGAACAUCCAAGUUGUCAACAUUGAUGGAUCCACUCGGCAAAGGUCUUACAUCACGAAGAGAGAGUACUUCGCUUACCAGCUUCAAACUCGCUUGGAAGAGGGCAUGACAAUUGUCACCUCAAAGCGUAUACUCCAUCUAUAUAUAUAGUUGACGCCUACACCUCCAUUGAGCAAGAAAGGUUGCGCUGGUUCAGACUAAAUAAAAAAAAAUAAGAGCGGACCUUUACAACAAUGUCAAGGAUGCAGUCAUUAAAGGAGACACAGAUGCCAAGUCUAUAGGGAAAAGAGUUAUAUUACCUGCUUCUUACACAGGAAGUCCGCGUUACAUGGCUGAGAAAUACCAUGAUGCAAUGGCUAUAUGCCGGUGGUAUGGUAAUCCUCAUUUAUUUAUUACAAUGACCACCAAUCCAAAGUGGGUUGAAAUCUCCAACCAUCUACAAAUGUAUGGGACUGACGAACCAAAUGAUCGUCCAGACCUUGAAUGUAGAGUGUUUAAAAUGAAGCUGGACGAGCUGAUGUCUGAUUUCAAGAAAGGGUUAUUUUUUCCUCGCCCAAAAGCAGGUUCUAAAUUUUUUAAAAAUUCUACCUACGUUUCCUCUUAACAUAGAUAUUAUUAAUAACAUAGAUCAUUCAAUGCAGAGGUCUACACCAUCGAAUUUCAAAAGCGAGGCUUGCCACAUGCUCAUAUACUACUCUGGCUAGAAGGUGAUUUUAAGAAUCCCACCAGUGCUGAUAUAGAUAACAUAAUCUCGGCGGAAUUGCCAGAUAAAGAAACAGAUCCGGAAGCUUACUGUUUGGUGGAGCAACACAUGAUGCAUGGUCCAUGUGGGAAAGAUAGACCAAGUUCUCCUUGCAUGGACAAUGGUGUGUGUACCAAGAAAUUUCCUCGGAGCUACGUUCCUCACACUCAAAUCAAUGACUCUGGUUACGUUCUGUACCGGUGGAGGCAAACUGAUCAAGUGGUCAAAAAGGUAACGUAACCCUCGACAAUUCUUAUGUUGUUCCCCACAAUCUCCAAAUCCUGAAGAAAUACAAGGCGCAUGUUAAUGUCGAAUGGUGCAAUAAGUCAACCGCGAUUAAAUACCUAUUCAAGUACAUUACUAAAGGCAUGGAUAGAGCAACGUUUGUGUUUCAAAAAGAUGGAGAUCAGAUUCCUAGCGACCAAGCAAGCACCUCACAAAAACCAAUAAACGAAAUAGACAAUUACUUGGAAGGUCGGUACUUGUCUGCUUGUGAAUCUAUGUGGAGAACUUUUAAGUUUGAUAUUCAUCAUAACAGCCCAGCAGUUCAGAAGUUUCCUGUCCAUUUACCUGAUGAACAAACAGCAGUUUACGACGAGGAUGAGGACCUAGAAGACGUGGAACGCCGAUAUACACAUGGGAGAACAAUGCUUACUGAAUGGUUUGAGAUGAACAGACUGUACGAAGAGGCCAGACAGUUGAACUACAUCCAAAUGCUUACCAUGUUUGUCUGGGAUAACUCAAACAAGCUUUACUCUAAACGGAAGAAAAAAGGAACAAUUGGCAGACUUGUGAAUAUCCAUCCCAAUGCUGGUGAUCGAUAUUACCUUAGGAUCUUGGUGAGCAUCGUAAAAGGACCUACAGGCUAUGAUGAUUUAUACACUGUUGGUGACACAAAACAUGAAUCAUUCCAAGCUGCCUGCUUAGCCAGGGGAUCGCUCGAUGUAGACAAAGAAUGGCAGGAUGCAAUGACUGAAGCAAAUCAAUGGUCUUCACCUAGCUGUCUUUGCCGGCUCUUUGUAUUGAUUCUGGUUUUCUGUUGCAUCUCAGACCCACAAAAGCUUUGGAUCAACACAUGGCAGUAUAUGUCCGAAGAUGUUUUAAGCCACCAGCGAAGGAUCCUCCGAUUCCCACAGCUUGAACUCGGUCCACAUGAACUCCAGCAGUAUACUCUGAUCGAAAUAGAGUCUCUCCUACAAAACCAUGACACAUCACUUACUGAGUUCAAGGGAAUGCCUCUUCCGAGCUAAACAAUACUGGACGAUAUGAAGAAAAAAAAGAUGGCUCAAGAAUACCAGUUUGACAUAGCAGAAGAAACUAGGAUCCAUCAACUUAUGUUCUUAAAACUCAACGAAGAACAGAGGAUUAUAUAUGAUGAGGUUAUGACAUCAGUUUUGGAGAAGCAAGGGAAAUUAUUUUUCAUUUACGGAGCAGGAGGUACAGGGAAAAUGUUCCUAUACAAAACCAUCAACUCUGCUUUGCGAUCAAGAAGUAAAAAAGUUAUACCUGUUGCUUAAUCUGCUAAGCUGCUCUCCUCCUACCUGUAGGUUGCACUGCCCAUUCAAGGUUUAAGAUUCCUUUGAAGCUAUAUGAAGAUUCUUUCUACGAAGUUAUAACCGGCACAAUCCUCGCCAACUUCUUAAGCCAGGCGGAUCUCAUUGUUUGGGAUGAGGCUCCAAUGGCACAUCGCCAUGCUAUUGAAGCCGUUGAUCGCACGCUACGAGAUAUCUUAUCUCUCUCCGAUAAAGAGGCUCCACAGAAGCCCUUAGGAGGAAUAACUGUCUUGCUAGGCGGUCAUUUCAGACAAAUUCUUCCAGUCAUCCCACAGGGAACACACCAAGAAACAGUCAACGCAGCGGUAAACCGUCCUCACCUCUGGCACCACUGUCAUAUUCAUGUCCUAUCCAGAAAUAUGUGUUUUGAAUCAGAGGAAAAAGAUUUCGCUCAAUGGAUUUUACAAGUUGGCAACGGAAAUGCACCUCUGAUGGCUCAUGAAAAUAUAAACCAAGAUGCUGUGGAAGAUCAGAUUGUCAUCAACGAGACACUCCUCCUCGCCGUUACUUCGAACCCUCUUGAUAUCUUAUGUCAAUCUGUUUUCACAGAUUUCAUAAAUGACUACAAGAACUUGGAUAAAAUCAGGGAUACCGCUAUACUAACUCCAAAGAAUGAUACAGUCGAUGAGAUCAACACUUACUUGCUAUCAAAAAUUCCAGGGAGAGAGAAAGAGUACUUAAGCAGUGACAGUUUUGCUGAGGACGAAAAACACUCGGGCGAGUUUGAUUUAUCCUAUCCAUUGGAAUAUCUCAACUCAUUAGAGUUCCCGGGACUGCCAGCACACAGAAUAUGCCUCAAAGUUGGUGUUCCGAUCAUGCUCCUGCGCAAUAUAAACCAAGAAGAGGGGUUGUGCAACGGCACAAGACUUAUAGUGACGAACCUGGGAGAAAGAGUUAUAAAAGCAGAAGUGCUAACCUCUUCAUCGUCGAAGCAAACAGAAGUACUGAUUCCUAGGAUCAUACUAUCACCAACAGAGUCCAACCAUCCUUUCACCCUCAAAAGACGCCAGUUUACGGUUUGAGUAUCGUACGGAAUGACGAUAAGCAAGAGUCAAGGGCAAACACUGGCGAAUGUUGCUCUGUACUUGCCAAAACCAGUUUUCAGCCACGGUCAACUAUAUGUUGCGCUAUCAAGGGUGACCACACCGAAAGGACUAAGAUCUUGAACAUUACCAGCCCCGGGAGCUUGCGGAACACGAUCACAAAUAUCGUAUAUAGAGAAGCAUUCAAUGGUUUGCCAGACACAUCAGGUAUGUCACACGAACUUCUCUGUUAUGUUCAAUUAAACAAUUAUCCAACAUGUAUACUCACCCAAAAGUGACUUAAAACUCCAGGAUAUGAGAAAGACAAAGAGAUGCAGGGAGAAUUCCUUACCCCUCUCAUUAUGAGCCAGCAAGGUUAGCACUCGAUUUCAAAAACAUUCCAUUCCCUGUAACCAAACACAUUAACCAUGCAACAGGAGGGGUGCCUUGAUUAGAAGCCCGUAGACGGAAAACUCAAUGUCGGAAGAGCAGAAAGCUUUAACUAUUUUCCUGUCCAAAGAGAAGAAAUGUCAAUGUCGGAAGAGAAGAACGAUACCUGACCCAAUUUUCUCAAAACUAAGAAUUCAAUUUAUUUUUACGAGCUUUUUCAUAUACAAUUUAUCCCUUAUAGGGCCCAACACAAUGUCGAAUCAGUAUUUAGUCUUUUGAACCAUAAAACCCAUUACGGCCCAAAUUAACAUCCACUUACGUCUGCGGAAUUAGACCUCAAAAAACUGCCGUUUUAUACUUUACACAAUUAGGAAUCUUAGUUCUUCUUCUUCGUCUCCGACUGAGCAAAAUCAAAUUCAGUUAACAACACCAAUGUUCUCUUCUACUACACAAAUAAAGACUUUUCGUAUCCAUCUCUUCGGUUACUUCCGUUUAUAUUAAUCAUAAAUCCAACCAUUACAACUUAUUCAAUUCGACCAUUUCCGUCCACAACAAUCCCUCUCACUUCCCACGCGAUGAAACCGUUAAGUGAACUCAUUUUAUAUAAUUUAGCCAAAUCUCAGAGAGGGAUGAAUCUUCACAGCCUCAUGCUAUUAUUCUCUUUCCUAAAACCUACUCAACUGCUAUCGAAAUCUCUUCCGAAGUUCCCGUCGGUUCUCACCCACCUCAGCAUCACAGAGCCUUCGACUCUCUUCGUUUGGGUAGAUCUCCCCAAACAAUCCAUGCUCAACUACUCCGGUUUUGGGACACCCCAAACAUGAUUAACUCCAAUGAAAUCAGGGGAAUCACUAUGGUUCUCCUUGAUGAUGAGAAGGUAUACUCAUUUUUCCCUAUACAUAUUCAUAAAUAAAGCUCUACUGUAUUUACCUAGAAAAAUCGCUGUAUGUAAUCAUCAAACAAUUUAACUCAGGAUUCAUUGAUCAACGCUUUCAUUCCUUCUGAGUGGGAAAAACACUACGAAGUUGCUCACUUUGAAGUUGACAGUUGCCCAUAUAUGUACAAGACAACAGAGCACACUUUUGUGAUCCGUUUCAUUGCCCAAACAGCUCUUCAUCAGGUGAUCAAUGAUGGUCCUGUCAUCAACCUCCAAUACUUUCUCCACAUCCUUGCCAACACAAAUCUAGAACUCCCCGAAACGUCGAAGUGUACUUGUCCUUACUGGACGAAGCUGCUGCUAGGUUUAAGGGUCUUCUAAAUUCAGGGGAGAGCACAAACUCUGUCAUGGUGGUCACAAGUCUAAACCCACAAAAAAAGGAGAUCACAUGUACCUACACUCCACCGCUGCCACCAAGUUUUAUUUCGGAAACAAUCUCGCUGCAAUCACAGAGUUCACGACGAGUCUUAGCGAUGCAGUAGGCAAGGACUUACCAAGUCUCAACGCAGAAACAGACUUACCAAGUCUCAACGCAGAAACAGUGAUCACUACCAAAGAACUUAGCUCAACGGGAGAUCUCAGCAAGUUCCUCUCCAACUCUUCUAGGCAGGAAGCUUAUUUUACUUGCAUAGCUCAGAUUGUUGAGGUUGUCGCACAAAAGGGCUGGUACUAUGUCUCUUGCACUCACUGCGUGAAAGAAGUUGGAAACUCAGCCACAUCUCACCCCUGAGACCAGUGUCAUGAUAUCAAUGCCACGACUGUUGUGAGGCUAGAAACUAACAAUGCCUUUCCAUAAAACAGACAGUCUUUUCUAGAUUCUGAUCAUACAUAUGAUCGUCUAAUACAUGUACAAGGAUGAAUUGUUGGUCGAUGGUGGUGAAAAUUAUGCCACUUUCUUGGUGCUCGACAACGAGAUGAUGAAGCUCACUAAACAAGAUGCAGCAACCCUGUUGGGGAAAAAUACCCCGGUAUCAUUUCCUACAGCCUCCAGGCAGCACCCAGACCCUCGGGUCCCCGAUAAGGGAACGCUCCAGGUCCCCGCUAGAAGGAACCCCGAGCUUGGUCCCUGGAACCGAGCUCCUUUCCAAUAAAUGGAAAACUUCCGACAAGGAGAACCUUCCAUAUUUCCGAAUAUGGAAGAGUUUAACCUAACGAAACCGACUCCUAGACAACUAUAUAAGAGCUACUAAAACCCUAAAGCAAGGGAUCGACUUCUCCAAGGCUUAGAGACUAGAACUAGACGGCUAGAAUUAGGGUUCUUACUCAAUACCUUGUAAUCUUGCUUGUUCUAUCUAAUAAAAGUCUCCUCAAGCCUAUCUCUUUAUUAUUCCCUCUAAAUUCUCACGAAAUCCUCACAAAAGAUAUACAAAUCUGCUCGGUUUACCAGCUUGUCCAUCCUUAUGUGGUACUCUAAAAGAGCAUACACAAAAAUCCCCUAACAAACUCUACUUGAUCAUGAGGUUUGCAUUUCUUACAAUCCACCUUUUCUGCAAACUCUAAUACUCGCUAAAACCUAUACCGUACUUCAGGUGAAUCGUCGUCUACGCAAUAGACUCCCAAAAUGUAUUGCAGAACUUGAAGGCCAAAAAUUUAUUUAUCAUGUAAAUGUGUAACAGACAACGCCCCUACCUUCACCAUCUCUGGAAUGAGCGCCGUUCCUAACAAGGAGGUAUUAUAGUAUUAACUAAUCUAAACGUUUACAUAUGUCUCAUAUUUUUUACACAAACUUAUACACCACUCUACAGAUUUUAACCAUCAAUGCAAAAAAAAAAAAGAAGGAGAAAUGGAAUAUGGGGAAUCAUCAACUUCCGCUGCUGCCACCUAUA